AUGUUUUGGUCACCAAAGACUGGUAUCAAUUCCAAAUACUCGUUUUCGUCUUCUCCAACGUUUACAUGCGAGCCAUGGAGCGUUUAUACUGGAAGACCAAAAUCUUCCAGUUCAUCUUCUAACCCAGCGAAAGUGUCGAUCCUUAUAUUUGAUAAGAAACGGUUCGAAAACUAUCUGCUAAACUAUGGUAUUAUAAGAUCCAAGACUUCAUCAAGUGAUAAAUUGAUAUUACAAGAUGCAUACGAAGUGCUCAGAAAUCAGGUUGGUAACCUUUCGAAAUUGAAGCAUCCUAAUAUAUUGGCAGUCAUAGAACCGUUGGAAGAACACAGUAAGAAUUUCAUGUUUGUGACAGAGUACGUUACGGGUUCACUAGAGUCAGUCUUUGCCAGUGGAGACGAAGAAGCGAAUUUCUUUAAGGGACAUAUUAGGGAAGAGGUCGUCAUUCAAAGAGGUAUCUUAGAAGUUGUACAGGCCUUAGAUUUCAUACACAAUAGGGCAAGCUCUGUUCAUCUGGAUAUUCAACCACGAUCGGUCUUGAUUAAUGAGAAUUCGGAUUGGAAGGUGUCGGGACUGGGUCAUCUAAUGAAACUCCCUCAAGGUACAAACACAACUGAGUAUUUUAUUCCUCAAUAUGAUCCUAGGGCACCUUCUUUCAUGCAUUUAGAGUUGAAUUAUACCGCUCCUGAAGUCGUCCUAGACAACACCGUUUCGUUCAAGAGUGAUUACUUUUCUCUGGGUCUAUUGAUAUACAUGCUAUACACUGGGAGAGGUCUGCUUUCAGCUGAGGGAUCGUCGAGUCAAUAUAAGGAUGAAUAUACCAAGUUUGAAAGACGUCUUGCGACAAUGUCGUGGGACCAAGUUUUCAAUAAGCUGCCGACGAAUUUGAAGCCCUGCAUACCGAAGCUCAUGAAUCGAGAUAUUUAUUCACGUUACGAUAACAUCAAUGAGUUUCUUGAUAGUCAAUUUUUUCAGGAUCCACUGAUAAAGACAUUGAACUUUUUGGAUGAUUUACCCACGAAGACCAACGAGGAGAAAAUAGUAUUUCUAAAAGGUUUAGAAGAACUACUUCCGCAGUUCCCUGUGACUCUAUUGCAAAGAAAAUUCUUGACUGUCUUGUUGGGUGCAUUGGGACAGCAGUGCAAGGAUAAGAAUCCUCAUGGUCCCUGCAUCUCCAAAGAGGUAGAAUUGAUUAUCAAGAUUGGCUCUACGGUUUCUCAGCUUACUUUCCAAGAAAGGAUCUUUCCCGAGCUUAUAAAUAAGGCCCAGUUUCCUAUCAUUUUACGCAAUGCAACAUCGGCAUUGAUCAAUAAUCUUUCGACGCUCAAGGACAAGGUGAAGAAAGAGGAUUUCUUGGAGAAUGUGGCUAAACCAUUAGUGACAUUUACUUUUAAAGAUAUGGAAGGUGAACAUGCAUUAGUAGCGCAGGAAACCUUACUUGGUAAUACACAAUUGAUUGCGAAUCUGUUUGAUUUCGUAACAAUGAAAAAUUUCCUCAUGCCACUGAUAUCACACCUCUUUACCAAGACCACUAGUUUGAUGGUCAAGAUAGCAUGUGUCUCAAGUUUUCGAGAAUUAAUCGAGUCCGAAAAUGUCGAUUCUGAUAUGAUUUGCAGUGAUAUCCUACCGCUUUUCAAAGCUAUGAAGACUAGAGACCCUAGAAUCAUGAUGCAGUCAUUGAAGCUAUUUAAUACAGUUCCUCAAGUGAUCAAAGAUGAUUCCAUACUCGUCGAACAAUUACUACCGCUUAUCUGGAACUAUUCGAUGGCGCCAACCCUAGAUAAAUCACAGUACACACAGUACACCGCUGUGAUAAACAGAAUCUCGAAUGCUGUUCAGGCUUCCCAUAUCAAGACACUGAAACAAUCCAACAAUAACGCUGCUGAUGCAGAUGAUACCAAGAAAUUCGAUAGACUCAUACAACCAGCCCAAGUAAAACGUGAAGAUCCCGACACGAAGGCCGCCAAGAAGAUAGAAACUCCAGCCAUUCUACCCACCAGGAAUCCACAGGCCAAAAAACCAUCGAUUCUAGCACCUAGAUCAAGGCCCAAUGUGAAAAGUACUCCACCCAACCCGAGAAGGCAGGUACAGACCGCACCGAAGGCACCAAAGGCACCUUCACAGAACGCAGAACUCGAUGACUUCGACGAUUUUGUCUCAGCUGCCUCAUCGCCCACCCCCUCGCUGCAGCCCAACACUCAGCUCUCUAAUAGUUACGGUAGUACGUCAAGAAUCCCACAGCAGGGUCCAACGUCAAGCCUGCCUCCAGGUUUCUCGAUCUCGCUGCAGCCUAGCCGUAAGCCAGCGGAAACAGGGCCACGACAAGAUACAGGGCAAUCCAAUGGCUCCAUGUCGUUGAUAUAG